UUGGGCACUAGCUUCGCGGCGGGGGGGUUGGGAAUGCUGCCGCAGUAGUGGUGCUCUUGCGUAAAAAAAUUUCCCGAUACUUCGCCCUUUUCUCGAAAGAAGGAAGGCAGGAAAACCGCCGUUACUCAGACGCAAUGUCCAACUCACGCGGCGAAUGUUUACCGUGCGGGAUUUAUUGACACCUCAUUGACUGACGUUGGCCCACAGCUGACAGACGUCAGUUUAAAAUGCGUUCGUCAGAAUUUGUUCCGUUCGCCGAAAAAGUUACGCCACGAGCUCACGACUCCGCGAUUCCGUAACCCCGUGUAGCCGCGUUCCGCACCGCAUAUCAUCGGCAUUGUCGUCGCAUUUUCGAGCACCUUUAUCACGAUCCUCGAAAAAAAUUCACCGAGUGUAAUUAACCGCGAGAUCGCGCCUCCCCAGUUGACCCUCACCAAUUUUCGGAGACACAGUAGAUGACCCAGUGCGUUUCAAUGAAACGAAAAUUUACAGGCCUUCAGCCAAUGCUGCGUGUGUAUUUUUAGCAAUAUCUGACUCUCACCAACUCUGUGAUGAAACAUGAGUUACGUUGAUUGAUAGAUUCCUUCCCCGUUACGUCGGUGUAAAACUAUUUUUUCCCUAAUAUAAUUACUCGGUGCAUCGCUUUUCCACAUUCGCAAGUAACUCUGCAUAAGAAUAAAAAAAAUCGAGAUAUUUUAUCCCCCAAACAACAAGAGGUACAUCCGUUGUAAUAAAAUUUUUCUAAAUCUUGAAACAGUUGUAUUUGCCUCACUGAUUUAAUGUAGAAUAUAAUACCUAGCGGCCAAAUAAACACAAAAGCAGUCUUUGACACUCGAUUAGUUUUUACACGCAAUUUUGACAGUGAAAAAACAAAAAAAGUUUACAACUCGUAACUCUAAUAAAUCUAUCAAGCUGUAUGAAUUUAUUUUUCAGUAGACGCUAAGAGCAACACUGGUGCGAAUAAGUUUAGUUAGGAAAUACAGGGCACACUUAUAAAUCCGUCCGUCAAAUACGUUGAUACAAAUAAUACAAUAUCUGUCAAGAAAACGAACAUUAUAAUCAAGUUUAUAUAUUGAAGAAAAUGCGAGUAAAAUGAAUUCAGAGUAUAUAGAAAAGCUGGAUACCUCCAACGGCAACGCUUUACUCGCUCAAUAAACAGCACGCAACGAGGUAUUUCUUGCUCCGAAAAGCUUGUACGGUUUAUUUUUGAGAUAUUUUAGAACACGGGUUCGAUUGAAAAAAACAUUCACGUCGAUGAGCAGAUGCGCAUAUUGAGAACUUAGGGGCCAGCAGGGGCGAUGCCCCCUGGUGCAGACGGGGGCUCGGAGGGCCCUUCGUGCUCCGAAGCUCACAAUGGUCAGGAGCCAGCGCUGACUAAGCCUCAACCCUUGUUAUCGCCCAUUCAGCGUUGCUACAGACAUCUCAAGAGUUCGGGAGUCGGCGAAGCCAGCGUUUAUCAUGCCCUCGUCGUCAUAUUCCUGGAGUUCUUUGCCUGGGGGCUGUUGACGAUGCCCAUUAUCGCCGUUCUCAACAAGACAUUCCCCGAUCACACCUUUCUGAUGAACGGUCUGAUAAUGGGCAUCAAAGGUAUUCUCUCGUUCCUCUCCGCUCCAUUGAUCGGCGCGCUCUCCGACGUUUGGGGAAGGAAAUUCUUCCUGCUUAUCACUGUAGCUUUUACCUGUGCACCUAUACCGCUCAUGAGCAUAAAUACAUGGUGGUUUUUCGCCAUGAUUUCAAUCAGCGGAGUAUUCGCCUGCACAUUCUCGGUCGUCUUUGCUUACGUCGCUGACGUCACUGAGGAGAGCGAACGUUCUCUGGCUUAUGGUUUGGUGUCUGCCACGUUUGCAGCUAGCAUGGUAAUCAGCCCUGCGCUCGGUUCGUACCUGAUGGAAGUUUACGAACAAAAUUUCCCUGUUGCUUUGGCGACUGCCAUCGCUAUCCUGGAUGUUUUCUUUAUAUUGGUUGCUGUGCCAGAAAGCUUGCCCGAAAAAGCUCGACCUCCAGCCCCCAUUUCCUGGGAACAAGCGGAUCCCUUCGCAGCCUUGGGAAAGGUGGGCAAAGAUCACACAAUUUUGAUGCUAUGUGUCACCGUAUUCCUGAGUUAUUUGCCUGAAGCAGGCCAGUAUAGCUGUAUAUUUGUCUACCUUAAAUUAGUAAUGGGUUUCUCUGCCACAAUGGUCGCAGUAUUUAUAGCGGUAGUUGGAAUAUUAAGUGUCUGUGCACAAAUAAUACUUGGGCCUCUGAUGAAGACCCUCGGAAGCAAGCAUACGAUUAUGCUCGGUCUUCUCUUUGAGAUGCUACAGCUGAUGUGGUACGGAUUUGGUUCGCAGACAUGGAUGAUGUGGGCUGCCGGAGGUCUCGCUUCAGUUUCAAGCAUCACGUAUCCUGCAAUAUCAGCCUUUGUUUCGAUGCAUUCAGAUGCUGAUAAGCAAGGUCUUGUCCAGGGAAUGGUUACUGGUAUGCGAGGUCUCUGUAACGGCCUUGGACCCGCGAUGUUCGGUGUAAUAUUCUACCUCUUUCACGUCGAUCUGAACGACGACUCCUCGAGCUCACCCAGAAAUGCCCCAAAACCGCCGUCAUCGGGUGACGCGAAUGGAACAUCGUCAAAUACGCAUUUCGAGGUAAUUCCACAGUUCAUACCAGGACCGCCAUUCGUCUUUGGAGCUUUCCUGGUAAUCUGCGCGCUCCUCGUCGCCGCGUUUAUACCCGAAUCAGGAUCGUCCAUGCUCGGAUCGACGCAUCCCUCUGGAUCCCGGAGGCCCUCCGGUAAAUACGCAUAUCAAAAAUGCCUUUCAUUGGACGUUCAUUACGAGACGGAGAGAGUGGCUGGCUCAAGGGGAAAAGUUGGACCAUUGUCACCACUGGUUGACAAUUCAAACUCAGCUGCUCUAUAACCAAUCUCAUAUCUUAGGAGAGAUGUGCUGCGAAUGACGAAGAUGAAAAAAUAUGCAGGAUGUGUUUAUAACACAUCAUAAUAUCGAUAUCUACUAUUGUUGGAUCGCCGUGAUACACCCCCCACCCCCCCACCUCCAAUCAUUACGGUGGAAAAAACAAUACAUUUAAUUACUUUUUUUUACAUCUAGAAUACAUUUGGUUGUGAGAUUGGCUAUAAAUCGAGAGAGCGCGGUGAGACGUCGAGUGCUGGAAGCCAAUUAAAACGUAUUAUUAUAGAAUACUUUCUAUAUAUAUAUAUUUUUUUUUUUUUUUUUUUUUCAAAUCGCUAUUUUGCCAACAUCUACGAGAUAAUAACACGCUAAGUAAGAAUAAAGGUAUGAUUUCUAUCCUGCAAAGAGCCGAUUCAAGUAUUUCAGUUUUCUUAUUUGUUGGUAGAAUUCUUACCGAUCAUUUUUACUGACGCGAUACGUUUGAAGAAGUGUUUUUAUUGUUGCAAGAAUAAGCUGCACAAGCUUGUGAAUAGACAGACAGAUACACAGCCUAUUAUUGACUGUCGUGAAAUUGUACAAAAUCAUAAUACCCUACUCCUUAUUUGGCAGGAAUACUAGCUGACGUCCAUUGCUUUUCCUGUUGUUGCUAUACGCUUAGCCAUAGAGAUGAAGAUGAAAAGAUGACGAUGAAAAUUCGGUAUAACGUUGAUAAAAAUACGAAUAAAAAUUGCGAUCAGUAUUUCCGUUAAA